UAUUCUUCUUCUGCUCCCUAUUCCGGAAGUAGCUGCUGCGUUGGUUCAAUCUCCAAGCCGACCAUUUCGAGGAGGAAAAUCAGCGCCAGCAGUAUCAUCACCACCAUCUAUCUGAUCCAAUAAUCAAUGCCAUUACUGCUGUGUAAUUGCUCUCGGAUGCGAAGACAUCUCCAUGCGUCUUCCUCGUUUUUUUCCCUCCUCUCCUUAAUUAGAAAAAUCGCACGGUGCCUUCAUCCCCCUGCCUCUCUUUGACAUUUCAGCGUUGCCUGCUGUAUUUUUGGCUUUGCGAUGAAAUGCUGAUGGACAUCGAGCGAGGAUGGGAAACAUGGGGCUCUCGGGUGUUUUUGUGCUGCCGUGCUGCCUUCUAGGCUCCUGAAAAUGCAAAUGAAAAGGAUUGUGUUGUUGAUCUCGACGUGGAUUGUCGUGUCGGUGAAUGGCUCGUGGAUGGAGAUUUACAGAAAGGAGAUGAAAUAGAGGGGAAAAAAAGGAGAGAGAAGGAGAGGAGGGAGAGAAAAAAAUGGACCAUGAUCUGAGGCUUGAGAUGCUCCAGUGAGGGACAAUAAGACACGUUUUCUAAUCAGAUCUGAUCAAACUUCCUUUUCAGCUUGAAUUUUGGAUUAUGAUUCUUGACAAGAGUCCCAGAUGUGACUGUAUGGAUGGCAUGUCGUUGUAUUUUACAUCCCAUCAUCUCCUCUUUCCUGCCUCUGUGCUUCUCUCUCUUCCACUCGUCCACUCUCUCGCAGUCUUCUGCUUUGGGUAGCAAAACAUGUAGGCUAUUUUUUUCCCCCUCUUUUUGCUGCAAGCCCACAGUGCAAUCAGAGAAUAACAAGGAAGACAAUGGACCGUGGAAAUGACGCGAAAAGGGGACAAGGUGUAGUGGAUUUUUUGGGGUAGGGUGGAAGAUGCAUCUGAGUUGUUUGAGUAAUGAAUAUUGAAAGAGUGAGUCGGCCAGCUGAAAGGGAAAAUCUUUCAUCCGCAUUGGCUUAGACACAUGCCAUCAGUGGAGCUCGAGCCUUUAUUUCGAGCUGGUAAUCAUGGAGGUACACUGAAAGCACUGGAUCUGUGACUAUAAUAAUAAUAAUAAUAAUAAUAAUAGUAAUAAUAAUAAUAGGAGGAUUAAAGGCAUCACAAGUUGAUUAUUGAUUCCACUUUGGCUGAAACAUGUUCAAGUAUCGGAUCCGCAUGUUUUUCAAUGAACUGAAAGUCCUGGUGUUUAUGCGAUCCGAUUCGAGACAGUCCGGCUCAGACACAGAUAGACACAGGUCCAACACCACCACCACCAUGCGAGGUCUGGGGAUGGGCGGCUGCGGCUGGCCCCCGUUCGUCGACUGCCAUUCCCGGGACGACGAGGAGGAGUACUACGGCAGCGACCCGCGGCCCCGGAGCCUGGCUUUUGAGGACAAGGAGCCCAAGCUGCAAGUGGGCCUGGACGCCGUGUCUCUGGCCAGCACCGCCAGCAGCCUGCGGACCCCCCAGUGCCGGAUCUGCUUCCAAGGCCCAGAGCAGGGUGAGCUGUUGAGCCCCUGCCGCUGUGACGGCUCUGUGCGCUGCACGCAUCAGCCCUGCCUCAUCCGCUGGAUCAGCGAGAGAGGCUCCUGGAGCUGCGAGCUCUGCUACUUCAAGUACCAAGUCCUGGCCAUCAGCACCAAGAACCCUCUGCAGUGGCAGGCCAUCUCUCUGACCGUGAUAGAGAAGGUGCAGAUUGCAGCCAUCAUCCUGGGUUCCCUUUUCCUCAUCGCCAGCAUCUCCUGGCUCAUCUGGUCCUCCCUCAGCCCCUCGGCCAAGUGGCAGCGCCAGGACCUGCUCUUCCAGAUCUGCUACGGCAUGUACGGCUUCAUGGACAUUGUCUGCAUAGGCCUCAUCAUCCACGAGGGAUCAUCAGUGUAUCGAAUCUUCAAACGAUGGCAGGCUGUCAAUCAGCAGUGGAAAGUACUGAACUAUGAGAAAUCAAAGGACUUGGGUGACCCGGUGAGUUCGAGCAGCAAGGCAGGGGCUCGUGGAUCUCGCGGUAACCCUCACGGUCUGGCUAGCAGCAGCGCUGGGCGACAGAGCAGGAGGCUAAGAACUAUUCUGAACCACCACUGUGGAUACACCAUCUUGCACAUCCUGAGCCAACUGAGGCCGAACGACCCGCGGAUCAGCGCCGCAGCCAACCGGGAGGUGGUGAUGAGGGUCACCACGGUAUGAGACAUAGAUGGACACCGUCUUUGUGUGCAGAUGUAAAUGAGAGCGUGGACUCAUGGACCUGAUCUUAAAUGAAAAAGACUCGUGUAGGCGACAGGAGCCCUGCGAGGAGCUGCCAGACAGACGGCACACUUGAGGAUUUCUCCUCUUGUUUCUUACAACAAAAGGAAACCCGAUGCUCCUUUUCAAUAAUUUAAAACUCAUGAAAAUAAGGACGAAGAAGCUUAAAAAGACAUCAAACAAAAAUGUGGAGAGGCGAAAAAAGUGUAAACAGGCUUUAUAACCUAACCCAAGAUGACGAGACAUUUUUCCAGUUCAAUAUCAGGAUGCACAGAGACAUUUUACUUUGAUUUGAUCCUCUUGUUUUGGUUUGUAUUGAUUCCUUUUUGGGUUUUCUUUUUUACUACUCACUUUGAUUUUGUACGGAUGUAUGAUUUUAGAGGAAAUCAUGUAACUCCAUACAUGCCAAGCAUUUCCAGACAUCUAUGUAUAAUGAUCUUUGAAAAUUUCUACAAGCUAAACGAUGCUGGUAAAAAGACCGAAAACUGAAACGUACAAACAAAAACAUGAGGGGGAAACACUGAGGUGACAACUGAACAAAUAAGUCAUAACUAUAGUAAAAAAGAAAAAACAGAAAAAAAGAGAAAACAAUAAGAUUCAGUGACACUUAACCUUUCUGCAAUAAAGAUACGUAUGUACAUUUCACAGGGAAUUUUGCAUGGGUAUAUAAUUUUAUUCUUCAUCACAUAACAUAAGCACAUGACAAAUUUGCUCUAUUUCGAAUGGUGCUUGCCAAAAUAAACACUUUAAAGACAUCUGAUUUCAUCGCACCAACUUUUUGUCGACAUGACAAAUGGCAGUGUGUUACAGCUAUUUCAGCUAAAAUACAGA